UGCCUUUAAAUGUAAAGUUGAUUUGACAUGAGCAUUGACUCUUAGAAUCCUAAAAUUGUUGUAAAAUUGCCCUAUCAUCUUCUUAAUAAUGGAUCAUGACAGAGGCCGGGAAUUUAGAAAGAAGAAAUAUUCAACUCGGGAAAGGGAUGAUAAACAAAUGAAAAGACCCAUAAUAUUGUUGAAAUCCAAAGAUUCUAAUGUGAAAACAGAUGAAACUUCAUCGGUUCCACAAACUAUUUUGCUAAAGACUAGAGAUGGAGAAAAAAGAGCUGUUUCACCGCAAGCCGCAUCAUCGUCUAAAACAGGAAAAGAAAGUGAUGCUUCACCUGUGUAUCACCUCGCUCCAAGAGUUACAGCUCCGGACUUGGCAUCUUUAUUGCCAGCCACAUCAGAAAUGAAAUCAAGUGUAAAAUUAAUUGCUCCCGACACUUUAUCUGUAUCAGAUUCCCUUUUGGAUUAUUUGACCGAUUCUACUGACUUCUUAGUUAUUGGUUGUCUUGGCUAUCAAAGUGUUGGAAAAUCCACCAUUAUGUCAAAAUUAGCUAACCUGCAAACAAAGGAAGCUGUCUUUCAUAUUUCUUCACACCCUGAAGAAAGCCUUCCUGGAACAGAAGGAAUUGAUGCAUUAGUUACCCCAGACAGGAUCAUCUUUCUGGACACCGAGCCACUCCUUUCCUUUGCACUUCUAAGCAGAAAGUCGGAGGAUGAAGUGGAAAAUGAAUUAGAAAUUUUAUCUCUUGAGUAUGCUGGGCUGUUGUUGUCUGUUUGCCAUAUUGUUUUACUGAUUCAAGAUAGUGAAUUAGACACUGACCUUAUCAGAUUUCUCCAUGUAGCAGAGAUGUUAAAACCAUCAGUUGGUCUUCAGGCAGAUGAUGAAACUAGUUUAGAUUACUUUCCAUAUCUAGUUUUUCUUCAUAAUAAAACUGAUCUCAAAGCUUUCAGUCGUCAUAAUAUCAAAUUUUUACAGGAACGUUACAAAGCGACCUUUACUAGUUCACAGUUGCCCAUCACGAGUGGCAUAGGAAUAGGAACUGGGUCUAUCUUGAGAUCCCUUACGCCAGAGCUCUGUGGUGACCCAGUGAAUUUGUUUUUAUUGCCACAUUAUGACGUGGGAAGUGAUACAAGAGGUUUCAGUUGGAAUAUACAGUAUGAUGAGUUAUUGAAAAAGAUGAGACUACAACUUUUAAGUUUACCUCCAAUGCCUUUCACUCAUACAGUUUUGUCUGAGAAAAAUUGGUGGCAUUACACAGUCAAAAUGUGGGAAGAUAUAAAAAAAUCUAACUUCUAUACAGAGUACGGCCGCCUCCUGCCAUCUCAGACUUCUGCGAAAAUGGAACUAGGCGGCAACUCAUGAUCAUAAUAAUUAAAAUUGAUUUUUAUGAUAUGUUUUGUAAAUUGUAAUAAAAGUUUUAAUUUAUUGAUUUAAAUUAGUUUUCAUUGAGGUAUUCUUGAAUUCACUGUUUUUCUGUGUUUAGUAAAUGUAAUUUAAUUUUCAUUUUUUAAACCAUUAAGUUUAGCUGAUUUACAUUUCAUAACUG